AUCAGUCCGCUUUCGGUGCUCAAGCGUUGCGAUUCGUUUGCCUCCAGCAACAGCAAAAAACCCCUCACCAAUCCCAUUUCCAAAAACCCAGACCAGUUUGUGUGGACAGCGAUGACGUGCUGAGGUCUCUCUCUUUCUAGUUCGCCCUCUCUAUCGCGCUCGCCUGGUGUGCCAAAAAAAUAAAAACUUAUUAAACAGUUUUCUUCGCGGAAAGCAGACAACCAUCAACAUCAGGAAAAACAGAGGCAGCGUUUCUUGUUCAAGUUAAGGAUUUCAUAGUCGCAAGAUGGCCAAACAAGAGAGAAAAUCAAGAUGGUACUUUGGAGGAUUGGCGAGCGUAGGAGCCGCUGUGGUCACCCACCCACUCGACCUCAUCAAGGUCACGCUGCAGACGCAACAGGGACACCUGUCGGUGACCCAGUUGAUCCCGAAAUUGGCCCGCGAACAGGGUAUAUUGGUCUUCUACAACGGCCUCUCCGCCUCGAUGCUCCGCCAAAUGACCUAUUCCACGGCCCGCUUUGGGGUCUACGAGGCCGGAAAGGAUUACGUCAAGACGGACACCUUCGCCGGCAAAGUGGCACUUGCCGGUGUUUCCGGCCUCGUGGGCGGAAUCGUGGGAACGCCGGCGGACAUGGUCAAUGUUCGCAUGCAGAACGACGUAAAACUGCCCGUGGAACAGCGACGCAACUAUAAAAACGCCUUUGAUGGACUGUUCAAGGUGUACCGGCAAGAGGGAUUCGCUCGACUGUUCUCCGGCGCCACCACAGCGACUGCUCGUGGUAUCCUGAUGACCAUCGGCCAGAUUGCUUUUUACGACCAGACAAAGAUCUACCUGCUGGCCACGCCUUAUUUCCACGACAACCUGAUCACCCACUUCACCGCCUCCCUGGUGGCCGGAACGAUAGCCACCACCCUGACCCAGCCACUGGAUGUGCUGAAAACGCGAUCGAUGAACGCUAAGCCCGGAGAGUACUCCGGUCUUUGGGACGUGAUUAAGCACACGGCCAAAUUGGGACCCCUCGGUUUCUUCAAGGGCUAUGUACCGGCCUUUGUGCGUCUUGGUCCCCACACGGUCAUCACCUUCGUGUUCCUGGAGCAACUGCGUCUCAACUUUGGCACCACACCAAGCUAGCCGGGAUCUCGAUGGAAUCCAUAAUUAGGCAAUAACUCUCCCAUGGCUGGCUGGCAGAUUCCCUUGAGCAAUGCUAACAUUCCAGCUGCAAUUCGUUCACUAUAGUAUCGAACAUAUGUAAUUUAGCUAUAGCCAGUACCAAUUGUUAACAAAGAUGCUUUUAUGCUAGCAAAAUAGUUGUUAUUAAGCGUUUCAUGCCCGUAUUUUUUAUAGUCUACAGAAAAUGGUAAAAGAUUAGUAAAUCGAAGCUUACGAUACUACAAAAACUAUAGGACUUGGAAAAUGAAAUAGAAAAUGUUUAUGACUACAAUGUUUCUGUAUUUUUGUGUUGAUAAAAGAUUAUUAGAGUAAAUAUGUUUAAAAUGGUUAUCCCUUCACUAAGGACAGCAAUAUAUUUCCAGGAUAUUGAACAAACCUUAUGUUUAAUUAAGAUCAAAGAUAGAGAAGUUGGGAUAUUUUAAAUAUUUUUUUCUUUGAUGUGGGCAUGGAAAGUUUAUGUUAAGCUCGAUCGUACUUCAUCGUCAUUGCCGUGCUGUUAGCAAUUAAAUGUAACUCGUUAUCAA